AUGGCCCGGGACUGCAGCGCCGAGAUCACCUGGCAAUCAGUAAUCCCCCAGCUAUCCCUACAGGUGCCGGCCCUGCGUCAUGGACUAUUGGCGCUCUCUGCGCUUGAAAUAGCUUCCCAAAGGAGCACUCCAGAGAGUAAGGGGCGCUUUAUCAGGGCUGCGCGUGAACACCAAAGUCAGGCUCUAGCCGGUGUCCGAUUCGACGGCGUCGACACGCUCUCAAACUCCCGGUGUAACGCCCAGUUCGCAUUAUGCUGUGUAUUGCUGGCCUUCUCGUUCGCAUACUGCAUUAUCAUGGACUGGGAGGAGGAGGAGGAGGAGGAGGACGAGAGGCCGGACGUGCUAGACGAGUUUGUCGAGGUCUUCGACCUCACGCGACGGCUCGUAGGCGCCCUGCUUUUGACGAAAGACCGCGUUUUGUCGGAAGACAUGCGUCCGCUGGUCCAAUCGCCGGAGCCUCGACCGACCAUGCCGGAUAUGUCUCGCGUGGUGAUCCUCUCUAUCCGGCGGCAGAACGAAAUCGAGGCGCAGCGAGACCCGACCCACGAGAAGGAAGUCUACACCCAAACGAUCGACCAUCUGAGCAAUUCUCUGGAACGGCUCAUGAAUGGAGGCAAACCCAAGGACUUCGCCUUCUGUUGGGCCUUCUGCAUCCCCAUGCAUUUCUCGCAACUGGUCCGAGACCGCCGGCCCUUUGCCUUGGUCGUCCUUGCCCACUAUGCCGUAGUGUUGCAUCACUUGCGCGAAUCAUGGUGGAUGGGUGACUGGGGCACGCGCAUCUUGAAGGAGAUUGUCGACCUGCUCAAAUUUGACUCCGAACGGCAGGAGCUUAUCUUCUGGCCGCUGGCCGCCGUAGGGUGGUCCCUGCCUGAGUUGGCCCCGGCGCCGGUCGCUCCUUGA